CAGACACUUCACCUAGAACCUCCAGCACAUGACGUUGUGACGUUCCUGCACUUGACCACGAUGCGCGACAUGCGGCAAGCUCAUGGCCGGCAGCUGCUGGAAUUGUACCACCAGACACUGGGUGAUGUGCUGUGCCAGCACGACCUCAACAUUGACUCCAUUCUUCCGUUGCAAGUCUUCCUGCAGUCAUGCGAGGAAACCAAGCCGGUGGCCGUCGUCAUCGCCGUCUACAUCUUGCAAGUCACCAUGCUGAGUCUACAAAAGGAUAUCGACCUGGAGAAUUACGUGACGGUGCGGAACAAUUUUGUCAAAGACGCAUACCAGCAUGAUGAACGCUAUCGUUCGAGGAUGACAGAGGCGAUGGAGGAGCUGGUUGAGACCUGCCUCAUGCCGCGCCUACGGCAGCAGCAACGGUGACAACCCGGGAGUACUGUGCAUAAAAGAAGUAUGCGACCAGUGGCUCAUGGCGCUUAUCGA